UCCGGGCGAUGUGCAUUGUGGGGAGGGAGGUCACGGCUUGUGGGGCCCCAUGCCAGACGGCUCCUCCUCAUCCUCCUCCUCAUCAUCCCCGCACCACCACCACCACCACGGGACACUUCCACUGCCAUCGCCGCGGACACUGAGGGAUGUCGGAAUACGACGAAUUUGAGAAGCAGCUGUUGAACAACAGGGAAGAGCGGCUGGCGGAGCAUGGAAAGGUACGCCGGCACAGCCACAAAAAGCGGAGUCGCAGUCACAGCCGGAGCCGGAAGAGGCGCAGCCGUUCCCGGGACCACAAGCGCCGCUCACGCAGUCGUUCUCGCUCUCCAAAAAAGUGUCGCAAAAAGAAGGCUUACAAGUACUGGGACGUCCCUGCCCCUGGCUUUGAACACAUCACACCGCUGCAGUACAAAGCCAUGCAAGCGGCGGGACAGAUUCCGGCGACCCCACUGCUGCUGCCGAGCGUGGCGGGCGAGGUGCCGGCCGCGCCCACACAGGCAUUGGUGGUCGGCAGCCAGAUGACGCGGCAGGCCCGGCGCCUCUACAUCGGCAACAUACCCUUCGGCGCUACCGAGGAAGCCAUGCUUAUGUUCUUCAACACACAGAUGAAAUUGGCUGGCCUCAACCAGGCUCCAGGUGACCCCAUCCUGGCUGUCCAGGUCAACCUGGACAAGAACUUUGCCUUCCUUGAGUUCCGCUCGGUGGAUGAGACGACGCAGGCGAUGGCGUUCGACGGAAUCCUGUUCCAAGGCCAGAGCCUAAAGAUCCGACGGCCGCACGACUACCAGCCGCUGCCUGGCAUGUCCGAGGCGCCUACGGUCCACGUGCCAGGUGUUGUCUCCACUGUUGUACCAGAUUCUCCGCACAAAAUCUUUAUCGGGGGCCUGCCAAGCUACUUGAACGAGGACCAGGUUAAGGAGCUCCUCACUGCGUUUGGGCCUCUGAAAGCAUUCAACCUGGUGAAGGACAGCUCAACCUCCCUGUCGAAGGGCUACGCUUUCUGCGAGUACGUGGACGUCAACAUGACGGACCAGGCCAUCGCAGGACUCAAUGGAAUGCAAAUCGGAGACAAGAAGCUCGUGGUUCAGAGAGCCAGCGUCGGAUCAAAGAAUGCUGCGCAGGGCGCGGUGACGCAGGCGCCGGUGGCGCUGCAGGUCCCCGGACUGGGCCCCACGCAGGUGCAGCACAGCGGGCUGCCCACGGAGGUGCUGUGCCUCAUGAACAUGGUGACGGCGGCCGAGCUUGCGGAGGAGGAGGAGUACGAGGACAUCGUUGAGGACAUCCGCGAGGAGUGCAAGAAGUACGGCUGCGUGCGGUCGCUCGAGAUCCCGCGUCCCAUCAACGGCCUCGAGGUGCCGGGCUGCGGGAAGAUUUUUGUGGAGUUUUCAUCCAUACUUGACUGCCAGAGGGCCCAGCAAGCAUUGUCAGGACGCAAGUUUGCAAGUCGCGUAGUCGUGUCAAAGUACUUCGACCCAGACAAAUACCACAGGAGGGAGUUCUAAACAAAUAAUUCUCACUUAGUUUUUUUUGCCCUUGUCGCGUUAUUUAUUUGGAUGGAAUCACGGACGUUUCUCUCCACGUUCUGGGAGCUUUUAAGUUCCUGUUUUGUUCUGGUUGUACUGCGUGCUGUGUUGGGCUUGAUGUACGACGUUCCGCUGAACAUGCCCAGAGAGCUGUGGUUACUUCAGCUUGGAAGAAGCUCUCACGACGCGGAGCGAGGCGUUGGACAUGCCGAACAAUGCGUGGUACGGCCCCCGAAGACACAUCGGAGAGCGAUGGAAUGCUGUUGUCGCUGCUUCUGCCGCUUGUUUUUUGAAUGACUCCAGGCAUGUGCACAUGGUUUAGAAUGACUAAAAAAGGGUUACAGGACAUUGGAAUGUUACGAAGAAAGUUCCCCCUGCAGUUGUAAAUUAAAAGUUAUUUUAAUGAUGGCAGUUAGAUCAAAGCAGUUUUGCUUAAUUUUGUGAAAUCUUUAGCAAAAGCCCUGCGUUACUCAUUCCCCAUUAGCUAGAUAUGUUGACCCCUUAGGACAUGCAAAUGAAUUUUUUUUUUUAAUUUAAAAGUUACGUUUAAAAUUACUUUGCUUUAUUUUUACUUGGACGAAAUUCAAGCAAAUAUUUGGCAACAACAGUGACGUGAAUGGCAUUGGUGUGCAUACAUGACGUUUGGACAAGAACAAUUCUUGAAAUGUACUAGCUAGUGCCGGAGUAAUAUAAAGUGCAAAGUUUCGUGUUUUUUUUAUCUGUUCGUUUUGCUUUUUAAAACUGAAACUAAAAAUAGCAGAUGUUCCAUUGAGAUGAAAAUUUUAGCAAAUGUUGAAAUAGUUUAUCUUGACAGGCAGAAACACUACCUUGUGUGCACACGUUUUGUAAACUGCACCGCCUCCUGGCAAUAUAAUAAUCAGGGGGGUUGUGUGUUGUGUGGGGACUUUGUUCCUAGCAUUGUCGUUUAAACUGACCUCGUAGAAGCAACAACAUGCCUUCCACGUAUGAUGCUGCUCUCGGUUGUAAUUUUAACAAAGCGGUUAUUUUACGCACAGCAGACAGAGAUCUAUGUGAAACGCAGUUGAUGAAUAACCGUCAAAUUAGCAAUCGAACAACAUCAUGUUUGUAUGUACGUAUGUUGAACUUUUUUCGCACCGCACGCAACCAACCGUGUUAAUCGGCGGUGUGAGGACAACAAACUAAACAAAAAGAGCAGUCUGUACUUAAAGGAAAGGAGGCAGACUUUAAAAGAUUAUGGAACGCGCACUCCCCAACAACACAUUUAAACCUCCACCUCAUGCCUGGGAUUCUGGCUCAACGUAUGCAUACAAUACAUCCCCCCCAGCCCCAGUUGCAUUUUUUCCCUUUCAUCUCCACAUUUUAAUGUAUGCGGUCAAAAGAAGAGAGCGAAGAUCUGUCUGCCAGAAGUUCUGCGAGGCCGAGAUGUCACCCUGCGUGCAUCACGAGUUUUAGGACUUGCUGGCCUGUAACCAGGCUCCAGACAUGGAAGCGAUGUCAGUUCAUAUUCUUGGUUCUUUCGGUAAAGUCACGUAGAAGGGAAACAAAAUAAUACAAAUAUAAAACAAUAAAAUUCUCACGACGUUUCGACUGCAACACAAGCAAUCAUCAUCA